CCCGUUCAUCCGGGUCACUCGUUCAAAUCGGAAUCAGUCGCUCGGCUCGUAAAUAGGGACUCAAUACACAGCGUCUUCGGAUGUGGAUUCGUCAGUGAUUUUAGUGAUUUAGAGGGGUGUGAGUCUCUGUGGGAUUAAUGUAUCCACUCAGUAAUUUCAGGACUUCAUUCUGAUUCUUUUGGAUUAUAAUUUGUGUGUUAUUUUGGAAUAUAUCGGCCGAUUGUAAGGACCACCAAACAGAAAACAUGGGGUGUGUUACCAGUCAAGAAGACAAAGCCGCGAUUGAGAGAUCGAAAAUGAUCGACAAAACUCUCAGAGCUGAUGGCGAAAAGGCAGCGAGAGAAGUUAAACUUCUUUUGUUAGGUGCAGGUGAAUCAGGGAAAAGUACCAUCGUGAAACAGAUGAAAAUUAUACAUGAAAAGGGGUACUCACAAGAAGAAUGUUUGCAGUACAAGCCAGUGGUGUACAGCAACACAAUUCAGUCUAUGAUCGCCAUCAUCCGCGCAAUGGGUCAGCUCAAGAUAGACUUCGGACACCCAGACCGGGCGGAGGAUGCACGCCAGUUUUUCUCGCUGUCUGGUAACGCUGAUGAAGGGGAGCUGUCAGCGGAGGUGGCCACGCUGAUGAAGCGACUCUGGAAGGACCUUGGCGUACAAGAGUGUUUCAGUCGGUCUCGCGAGUACCAGCUCAAUGACUCGGCCGAAUACUACUUGAAUGCACUGGACCGCAUCUCCAACCCCGGCUACAUCCCAACAGAGCAGGAUGUGCUGAGAACAAGGGUUAAGACAACUGGCAUCGUAGAGACACACUUCACAUUUAAAGAUUUACAUUUCAAAAUGUUUGACGUUGGUGGCCAGCGGUCUGAGAGGAAAAAGUGGAUCCACUGUUUUGAAGGUGUGACGGCCAUCAUCUUCAUUGUAGCCAUGAGUGAAUAUGACCUCACUCUCGCCGAAGAUCAGGAGAUGAACCGUAUGAUGGAGAGUAUGAAGCUGUUCGACUCCAUCUGCAACAACAAGUGGUUCACAGACACCUCAAUCAUCCUCUUCCUCAACAAGAAGGAUCUGUUUGAGGAGAAGAUCAAGAAGUCGGCCCUCACGAUCUGCUUCCCGGAGUUUACAGGCUCCAACACCUACGAGGAAGCAGCAGCGUACAUCCAGCUCCAGUUUGAGAACCUCAACAAGCGCAAGGACACGAAGGAGAUCUACACUCACUUCACCUGUGCCACCGACACGAACAAUGUACAGUUUGUCUUUGACGCCGUCACGGACGUCAUCAUCAAGAACAACCUCAAAGAUUGUGGUCUCUUCUAAGCUAAAACUCACGUGUUUGUGCGUCACUUGUGUGAGCUGUUGUCAACUUGGUGUUGAAAUCUACACGUGCGUUCAUGUGUGACCGAUGCCUCUAGCUGCCACCAGGGGUCACUGUGUUAGUGGAUUGUGACGCUCGUUAACUCUGUCAUCGUUUGUCUGCAUGAACACUGUCACGUCUGCGCCAACUUGGGAAACACAACAUGUUGGAAGACACUACAGAACAAGCUCAUGGGAACUUGUCCGAACAAUUCAACAUCUUGUACAAAUAUCGUCAUUUUGUUUGAUUGCCGAACUGUAUGGACUUCACGAACACAACUGUUACUGGUUUGUGUUGAGGUGUGACCACACUACACGAUAACAGUUUGGUAAAAUCAUGGCACACAGAUCUGUCGUCACGGCAACAUAUUUAUCUUUAAUUUUCCUUCACCUUGAAUACUGUGCAUGAACAUUGGUAUAUAUGGCCAGAAUUAGCUGAUCCGUACUCUUCUGAUACAGCAUGUACGCAACACUUGCUAUACUGUUGUCAUUCACACUAUGGAAAAUCCUUCUCGAAGCUAUCACCUACAUGUACAUCUUUGAGGUUUCUUCGGGGAUAACUUUGUUUUCUAUUUGAUAUUUUAAUUUUGUGUGAAUGUUUUCCGACUUUGUGAAAGUUUGUUUUACUGAUAGGGAUGGUUUUAUUGUGUGUUUCGAUCUUUGGUAUGAUCAGUUCAAGAAAUUAAUCUUUGAAUGAAAUAGCAGAGAAUGAUUAUUUAAGAGGUCUGUUCGUCAUUGUUCUAUAAAAAAUAUAUCUCUUGUUUCAGGAGACAUUUUGUGACAUGUUUUGGCAGAGAAGAUUUUGUAUAAAAAAGCUUGUAAAUGAUUGUUUUGGGAUUGACAGGUCUGAUGUUCGUACUCUGAUCUGUUGCAUGGUUUUAUAAGGAAAUAGUGCAAUCUCUGAACUAUGUAGACUCACCAGUAUGUACAGUAUGUCUUAGUCAAAACUGGUGAGAAAUUCAGCCUUCCUGUUACUGUGUGUAAACGUGAGGGUCUCGAGGGGGGGUGGGGGGGCUGGUGAUUGGGGGCAUUAGUGUUUUCAAUAAGGAGAUUAAGUUUCCCUAUGAACCAGAAUGUUUGAUGCAAACAAUUUGUAACAUUAAUGCCCAACAUGUUCUAUCAGUAAAUAUUGGAUUCACCAUGAUGGCCCACCUUUGAGACCCCCAAGUUGUCACGGCAACAAUUCUGUGCAAUGACUUUGUCGUGUACGAUGUAAGCUAUAUUGUGUAAGCUUGUGGCUCUGUGUAUAGCAUCUCCGUGUUGCUUAACAGGUGAACGUUUAGAUUCAGGAGAUGUUGAGGAACAUGAAACACGAAGCAAGAAGUUAGCACAUUUAGUCCAAUUCAUGAAUAUUCAUUGAAUGUUCAUUGAAUGGUAAUUCCACAGCAUUGAAGAUUGACGAGUCAGUAUUUUUUUGGUAUGUUUGUUUAAGACAUUUGAUAGAAGAAGCUGACUUACCUAUGACCAGGUGGAUCCAGAGGAGGAUGUGGGGGGGGGGGGACACAAACAGACACACACUCACAAUUUUUAGACACCUGACGUGUCACCUGCACUCUCAGCCAAUUAACUUCGCAAUCCCACUUUUUCAAAAUCCUGGAUCCGCCUCAAUGACCUAACUAAACCUAGGAGAUUGUAGUAUUGAGGAGAUAAUUAUGCGUAAUAUUUGAAGCGAUAAUGGUAAGAAAGGACUAUUUGUAUUAUUAAACAAAUCCUGCAUGAAGUAGGCAAGUGUUUCCUCGCUGAUAAGUACUGAUCAAAUGUUUAAGAAAUAGGUCUGGUUUGAUGCAAACACUCCUGAGCACUAAAGCACUGGUGUAGUCAUUGCCACUCAGACCUUCUCUUCUGUGAAUCUAACGGGUAUGCACAACUUAUCGAACUUACACUGAUUUUCUCAAGUUAGAUUUUGUAUGUGUUUGGACAGAUCCUGUUGAUUGGAUAAUUUCACUUCGAUGAAAUAAGCUAUUAACUGUUCAUGUAAAUCCUAUAUUUUCUAUUUCAUCCUGUGUUGGGAGUUCGAGGGAGGAACACAGUUCCCUUCAAAAUGCUCAUAUUCCUUUUUGGAGUUUUCUGUGUGCAAAAUGUUCAUUCCACGGAAUCAGCACCUUUCAGAAUCAAAACUAAGAUCCCAUCAGUCCAUACCCUGCUGACAGCAUCUCUGAGAAUCAGAAAGAUCAAGAAAUGUUAGAAACAGGACAAGAGAUUUGUUUUGAGUUCUGUCAGUAUGAAAUUUUGCAGAUGAUUUGAAAUUCAUUUGUGCAUGUGUUUCAACGUGUUUACAAAGAUCUGAUUGUUACGAUCUGCAGCAGUGUUAAUCAGAGUUCAUUUGGUUUCCUCUCAUUAAUGGGGCGGUGUGGUAGCCUAGUGGAUAAAGCGCUCGCUCGUCACGCCGAAGACCGGG